GAGAUUCCAGAUUUGACGUUCAUAUUUUGGUUGCAGAUUUUCUAAGGAAAAUUCUAAAUGCCAUCCUUUUGCAGUUAAAAAACAACAAAUUAUGUCACAAAAGAUAAAACCUAGGAUUGGAGAACCAUAAGUUUGUCCCUACAAAAUAAGUAGAUCUUACAACCAAUCACGGAAACUGUUAGAAAUAUGCCAGCAGCUACUCUGGGUAGCUUACAUCCAAACAAUGAAGAUUGUGGAAUCAGGGAUGUCUGGGCAAAUAAUCUUGAAGACGAAUUCCGUACAAUAAGGCAGAUUGUACAGAAAUACCAGUAUGUAGCAAUGGAUACAGAAUUUCCAGGGGUGGUAGCAAGACCCAUUGGAGAGUUUCGUAGCUCUGCAGACUACCAGUAUCAAAUGCUGAGGUGCAAUGUGGAUUUGCUACGGAUCAUACAGCUUGGGUUGACCUUUUUGGAUGAGAAUGGCAAGACACCAGGUGGGGCCUAUACAACUUGGCAAUUCAACUUCAAAUUCAACUUGCAAGAAGAUAUGUAUGCUCAGGAUAGCAUUGAUUUGCUACAGAACUCUGGUAUACAAUUCAAGAAGCAUGAAGAUGAAGGUAUUGAACCACUUGAGUUUGCAGAGCUGCUCAUGUCAUCUGGUAUUGUAUUGAUGGAAAACAUCAAGUGGCUAUCUUUCCAUUCAGGCUAUGACUUUGGAUAUCUCAUCAAGCUGCUGACAGACAACAAUUUACCUCAAGAUGAAAAUGAGUUUUUUGAUUUGCUGAAGCUCUAUUUUCCUACAAUAUAUGAUGUCAAGUAUCUCAUGAAAUCAUGCAAGAAUCUGAAAGGUGGCCUACAAGAGGUGGCAGAACAGCUAGAAUUGGAGAGGAUUGGUCCCCAACAUCAAGCAGGAUCAGAUUCGCUAUUAACUGGAAUGGCAUUCUUCAAAAUGAAAGAGAUGUUUUUUGAGGAUACCAUAGACGACUCUAAGUUCUCCGGCCACCUGUACGGUCUGGGGGCCUCUUUCGCCAUCAAUGGCUCCGCGAACAACUACACACCCGACAACGGGGACAACACCAACUCGUCGUGAAACUGCCUCUGUGCCAGGCUGCUGCUCGAAGCUGUAGGUUUAUGUUGAAAUAAUUCAUUGUGAACUUUUUCUGUUUAGAUGAAAUAUAUUCGAAGGAGUGGAUUCUUCUUAUUGCAUUAGAUAGGUUUUUUACUUUUAAACUAAGGUUUUAACUGUACAUGGCAUUCGAAAAAAAAAUCAUAAACUAGUUAUUUAAUAAAAAUUAUUAUAGCUC